AGUUUGGUUCCAGGGGCAAGACAAGUUUCUCCUUGGUGGGGCGGGUGUACACGUUUUCCCAAGUACCUAGUUUGAGCUCGAGUUUUCUGCCUGUGUCUCUAGUCUGUAAGGAUUCCCUGAUCUCUAACUCACUAUUUUCACUGCUCCUCGGGAAAAUGUGUAUCGAUGUAAGAUUAAAUUCCACCUGGCCCAGGGAUUCGCCUUUGAAAAGCAGGAAGCCGGGAAUCUCACUGUAAAGGAUUCCUGAGCCUCAGAGUUGUUGCCGCCGCCUCUCAGCCUAUCCUGAUACUGUCUCUCUCCGGUUUUGGAUGCAGGAUUCUGUUUUUUGUCUUUUUGAGAAGUUCCUGGUUUGACUUAACUGAUUGAUUCACUCUCUCUUGAUGAAUUGUGUGUGUCUGGUACGUGUUAGGUGUGCCUGUCAGUCAGCUCUCUCCCGGGAACUGAGGGUGUCAAGAUGAGAAUGACCCAGUGAAACCAGAGACUCACUGAGUAGCAGGAUAGGAAAGGAACGUCCAAGGACUAGGAUCCCUAUCAGUUCUGCUUCUCUCCUGUCCUUCUGCCCCUCCCAGGCCUCCCCUAGAGGGAGAGGAGGAAGGGCUAUGCAAAUGAGCACCCCUUUCUUAUAUAGGGGCUUAUCCCAGUCCCCCAGCGCCUUUGGUUGCUAGAGGGAAGAACAGGAUGGAUCUGGCGCUGAGAAGGUGUCUUCUACAUUUGGUUGUGGUGGGUGCUCUGCUGGCUGUGGGGGCCACAGAAGGACCCAGAGACCAGGACUGGCUUGGUGUUUCAAGGCAGCUCAGAAAUAAAGCCUGGAACAGGCAGUUGUAUCCAGAGUGGAUAGAAUCCCAGGGUCCUGACUGCUGGAGAGGUGGCCAAGUGUCCCUUCAGGUCAGUAAUGACGGGCCUACGUUGAUUGGUGCAACUGCCUCCUUCUCUAUUGCCCUGCACUUCCCUAAAAGCCAAAAGGUACUGCCAGAUGGACAGGUUAUCUGGGCCAACACCACCAUCGUCAAUGGGAGCCAGGUGUGGGGAGGACAGCCAGUGUAUCCCCAGGAACCUGAUGAUGCCUGCAUCUUCCCUGAUGGUGGACCUUGCCCAUCUGGCCCUUGGACUCAGAGGAGAAACUUCGUUUAUGUCUGGAAGACCUGGGGCCAAUACUGGCAAGUUCUAGGAGGCCCAGUGUCUGGGCUGAGCAUUGGGACAGGCAGGGCAAUGCUGGGCACACACACCAUGGAAGUGACUGUCUACCACCACCGCGGGCCCCAGAGCUAUGUGCCUCUCGCUCGUUCCAGUUCAGCCUUCACCAUUACUGACCAGGUACCCUUCUCCGUGAGAGUGUCUCAGCUAGAGGCCUUGGAUGGAGGGAACAAGCACUUCCUGAGAAAUCAACCUUUGACCUUUGCCCUCCAGCUCCACGACCCCAGUGGCUAUUUGGCUGGGGCUGACCUCUCCUACACCUGGGACUUUGGAGACAGUACUGGGACCCUGAUUUCUCGGGCACUUAUGGUCACUCAUACUUACCUGGAGUCCGGCCCGGUCACUGCCCAGGUGGUGCUGCAGGCUGCCAUUCCUCUCACCUCCUGUGCCUCCUCCCCAGUUCCAGGCACCACAGAUGGGCACAGGCCAACUGCAGAGGCCCCUGGCACCACAGCUGGUCAAGUGCCUACUGCAGAAGUUGUAAGCACUACACCUGGUCAGGUGCCAACUACAGAGCCCUCUGGAACCACAGCUGUGCAGAUGCCGACCACAGAGGUCAUAAGUACUGCACCUGUGCAGGUACCAACUGCAGAGGGCACAGGUACUACAUCUGAGCAGGUGCCAACCUCAGAGGUCAUAGGUACCACAGUUGCAGAGAUGUCAACUGCAGAGGCUACAGGUAUGACACCUGCAGAGUUGUCAACUGCAGAGCCCUCUGGAACCACAGUUGCACAGGUAACAACUACAGAGUUGGCGGAGACCACAGUUGGAGAGUUACCUACCCUUGAACCUGAGGGUCCAGAUGCCAGUCCAUUCAUGCCUACAGAAAGUAUUACAGGCUCUCUGAACCUGAUGGAUGGUACGGCCACCUUAAUGCUGGUGAAGAGACAAGUUCCCCUGGAUUGUAUUUUGUAUCGAUAUGGUUCCUUUUCCCUCACCCUGGACAUUGUCCAGGGUAUUGAGAAUGCUGAGAUCCUGCAGGCUGUGCCGUCCAGUGAGGGGGAUGCAUUUGAGCUGACUGUGUCCUGCCAAGGCGGGUUGCCAAAGGAAGCAUGUGUGGACAUCUCAUCACCAGGGUGCCAACCUCCCACCCAGCGGCUGUGCCAGCCUGUACCACCCAGCCCAGCUUGCCAGCUGGUUCUGUACCAGGUACUGAAGGGUGGCGCGGGAACCUACUGCCUCAAUGUGUCAUUGGCUGAUGCCAACAGCCUGGCCUUGGUCAGCACCCAGCUCAUCAUGCCUGGUCAAGAAGCAGGUCUUGGGCAGGCUCCCCUGUUUGUGGGCAUUGUGCUGGUGUUGAUGGCUGUGGUGCUUGCAUCUCUGAUAUACAGGCACAGACUUAUGAAGCAGGGCUCGGCUCUCCCCAUUCCUCAGCUGCCACAUGGUAGCACCCACCGGCUGCGUCUGCCCUGGAUCUUUCACACUUGCCCCAGUGGUGAGAACAGCCCACUCCUCAGUGGGCAGCAGGUCUGAGUACUCUCAUUUGAUGCCAUAAUUUUCCCAGGGUCGACAGCAACACCUAUAUUUCCUCCAGUCUUCCCUUGGAGACCACCAUUACCUGAAAUAAAUAUUCAGAACCUGG